GCUUUGCUGCAGGUCACCUGACAUGCAGCUUUAUAUUAUUGUGUCACCGGCUUGUUCUCUCAGUUCAGAGCAGAGCUCAGCUGGACUCUGUUGCAGGGAUCCUGGGACACAAUGUUUGGAAGCCUUCUCAGAGACUUCGAGGAAGAUCCCUUUUUCUCGGAUCCAUUCACUGCACACCAAGAACAUGUGAGACAGAUGAUGAGAAGUUUCUCUGAUCCUUUUGGCCGGGAUCCCUUCUUCAGUAUCACAGAUGGCAGAUCUCAUGGCCGGAGAGGGCAGCAAGGUUCCCAGGUGGCUCUGAGAGAAGAUCACAGGGUCCCUGAUUUGAAGAAUGAAUUUCACUCCAUUGAUAAUAUGGUGGCAAACAUGAGGAACAGAAUGAUAGACAUGCACAGACAGUUUGAAGGACUUGCAGACAGACCCGACGUUCACUCAUUUAAGUCUUCCUCAGUAAUGACAUAUUCCAAGACUGGAGAUGAACCUCCUAAGAUUUUCCAUGCAACAAGUCAAACCCGUAAAGCUCCUGGUGGCAUAAAAGAAACAAAGAAAGCACUCAAAGACUCUGAAAGUGGAGUGGAACAGAUGAGCGUUGGCCAUCACAUCAAAGACCGUGCCCACAUUGUCAAGCAAAUGAAGAACAACAAGACUGGAGAUCAAGAACUCAACCAGGAAUUUUUAAACAUGGAUGAAACUGACGCACCAUUAUUUGACACUGAGUGGGAACGCGAGAUUUCGAAGUUCAAACCAUUUGAAAAAAAGCUCGCCCUAGAAGCUCCUAAACACCAAAGAGUUCAGUAUUCUACCAAAAUAGGACCCCCAGAUGUUCCAAGAAGGGAACGGUGCAUCUCAAAAAUGGUUAUCUAGAAGAUUGAAUAAAGCAUGUGACUUCAGUUAUAAGAACAUUUCAAGAUCAACCAGGAAAUUCUUGAAGGGACUUGCAAGGUGUAACGGGGUCUCUUAAAUAAAUAAGACAUGCACAUCCGAUUAGUUCUGCAUCUUAUUUGAAAGGUCAUUGAAUACUGACGGAGCCCGCUCUCCUGUGCCAGCUUAGUGUUGUGCAAAUCAACUCCAUGUAGGGCAGUUUCAGCACUUUGGCAACUUAAUACUUUUUACUGAGAUUGCACUUUACCAGGUUCAGUAAAGGUUAUAGACAGCCAAAACUAUAUUUUGUAAUUGUCCUAAAUCAUAUUUUCUAUUUUAUUAAGAAGGUCGCAUUGUCAUAUACUGUAAUUGUUACUGUACAUCAGAACUGUCUAAGCUUGUCCUGUACAGAGGUCAAUGUCUCUUUUGUUCACUAACUCUCCAUAUACUGUGAGAUGUAUAUUAUUGUUAUAUGAAUGUAAUAUAGCAUCCUCAUGCAAUGAAUGCUUGUUACAGGGCUGACUUUACAUCUCUUCAGUCUUUAUUAUAAUGUUUGAGAAAAUGUAUAUUCAUCAAAAUGACUUUUUCACUAUACUCAUAAAACACAGUGUAAAAAAAACCCUUAAACUGAAAUAAGAAAGUAAUUUUAUUGGUGACAAGAGCACAUGACAUUUUUAUUAGUUAGGGUCCAUGAGCUGGGACCUCUAUUGGAAAGGGGAGGGGGAUAGUCGUGACAUCACAGGGGGUGGAGUCGUGACAUCACGAUACUCCGGCCCCGUGGUCGCCACACGGCAGAUUCUGAGCUCGCAGCGCGGCGUGCAGCUCCCCGAGGUGGUUGGGUGCUGAAUGCAAGAUUGCGGAAGUCCCCAGCGGUGGGACCCCCGCGGUCAGACAUCUUAUCCCCUAUCCAUAAGAUGUCUUAGGGCCGGAGUACCCCUUUAACACAUUCUAGCCUCAUUUAAGCCAGUACUUUAUUAUAGAUAUUCAAAGAUGCAGAGAACUCAUAUGUAAAGGAUGAAAAACUAAGGUAGACAUAAGAGUGUCAGGUUGCAGUAUAUGAUGUGACUUUUCGAAUGUUUGAACUCCAGUGAUCAAGGCAUUUGUGUGUUUGGAUAUUGAACUGAACUAUUGCAAGUGGCAAAAAUAAUCUUAAAAGAAUAGUAAAAAAAAACGGAUGCAGCUCAAUUGAUACUAAAUGGCACUAGACUGUGAAAAUAAUAUACAUAAAUAGCUGGUUCACAGGGCCCUGGUGAAACCACCCC